AACUUUCGCGAUGUUUCCCAUCGAAAAAUUAUACAUACAUAUAGGUGCUGAGUACCGAUUGAUUGUCAGAUCCACGAAGGCUGUCAGAUCCAAAGGAAAUGAAUUAUCACUCAUAACGUGUUGUUCCACCGGGUCGUAAAAUUGUGAAACACUAUUUUUUUUCGGAAGUUUUAAUAGACGUUAAUUGGAAUUACGGUAAAAGUGUCGUCUCGAAGUAAUUACGAGUGGGAGACAAUAGCCAGUUUGCAGAAAUCAUGGACAGCAAACAGAGAGAUAGGUUAGUCAGUAUCCUCGAUCAGGUCGAGGCUCGUGUUGAGGAGUUGAGAAGAGAAGCGUGGGAGCUUGAGGAAAAGAAAGAAAACUUAUUAAGCACGUUGGACGCGCUUCAAAACAACGAAAGUGUAUUUGAAUUAGUGACCGAGGAGAGAGAAGAAAUCAUGAGAUCGGUGGAGAGGUUGUGGGUGCGGACCUCGACAGUUGAAAUCCUCAUUGAAACUCAGCGAAAUACAGAUCAAGAAGAAUCUCUGCACAAGGUAAAUGAUUUGAUCGACAGCUUGGUCAUCCAAUUGCAAGAAGAUCCCCAGGCUACACGAGAGCGAUGUAGGAGGUUCAUGAGUGCUUGUACUUCCCAUGGUCCAGAAUAUUCAGAACAAGUCUUCGAGUCUGCCAUUUUAGGUUGUACUUUAGAUGAUCAAAAGCGUAUUAAAAAAAGACUGCAGGGGCUGCUAGAUUACAUUAGUAAGAUGCAUACAAUAUAAUUUUAACGAAUAUACGUUUAAGAGCUUAUUGAGAAGAUUUCUCUUUACUUUGACUUUCGAGCGAUCAUAUUAUAUACCAUCAUGGUCUUUAACAUAGUAUGUUAUUAGAGUUCCAUAGCAAAGAAGCGAUAUUUUCAAUGAAACAUUGCAGAUAUCAUUUUCUCAUAAUUGAUCAACCAGAUUGCAGGUGUUCCUCAAUUUCCUAGAGAACAAGCUAAAUGAUAAUGAAGAGAAAAGUUCGAAUUUCAUAUUUACGAUUAUAGAUAAAAAGCAACUCUGAUAACACAUAGCUAACGUAUAGAGCAUGAAAAUAUGAAUUACCAUUCAGCUACACUAGAGGAAGAAAUCAAAUUUAAUCUAAAUCGAAAGUUUGGUCUGUUUGCUGUCAGUCCAUUUUCUGUACUUAUUUAUUCCAUGUAAUGUGAAAAAGAAAAACUACCCAAUGAUAAUUCCUAAUUUAAUUCAAAUACUUGAUAUUACACCACGACAAAUUAAAACAUAGUAAAGAGUUUGGAAUACUUUUGAUCUGUUGAAUAAUAGGCACAAUCGUCUGCAACGCACGUAUUAAAAGAUUUUUUUUAAAUUGGGAGUUCCAGAGAAAACGGAAUUAUUUUUUUAUUCAAAUAUAAAUAGAAUAAUUCUUGAAUAGAAUAAUACUGUUUUUCUAAUCGAUUAAAUUAAAAUCAAAUUCGAACCUGGUGCGAGAAAUAUAGAACCUGUUCCUUAUAUUUUUACAAUUGGUCGCAACUGUUAUACUAUAAAAGUUGUAUCAUCAAUUGUUAGCUUAGGUAUACAUGUGUGAUAAAAGGUUAAAAAAAAUUCGUGAAAAAAAUUACUUCAUCAUAAUCUAUAAAUUGAUUGCGACUAAAUCAAAUUUAUUUCGACUGAUAAGACGUCAUAGAAAAUGACGAUUAUUUCAAGACAAUGUAAUGUCUCUUGUUAUUAUUAAAAGCUGUUAUACAAUUGGGAAGACUAUCGAGAGUCAUCAAGUCUUGUUACAUUGUGUCCUAGUGUAAAAGCCUUAUUUUUUUAUCAAAUUCCUAAUAACAUAUGUAAUUUUUAUCCUGUAAUCUUAUAAUAAACGCGUAGCGCUGGGCAGCAUUCUAUGUUAUAGAGUACGAACAUUUUUUUCUUUUUUAUACGGAUAUGUUUCACAGACAUAGUUGACCUGCUAUUUAUAAUCCGUAUACAUUAUAUGUAUAUAGUAUAUGUAUAUUGUGUAAAAAUCAUGUCUAUUGUCAUUGCUGUGAUAAUGGACAUUCAUAUGGAAUACAAACAUCGAAAAGACAGAAAAGAAUGUAAGUUUAUCAAUAUGCCUUUUCCACAAAAAUAUUCAUUGGUCGUAACGACACACAUAUAUAGGUAUAAAUCGGACCUUAAACAUCAAAUUGUCUCCAAUAAAUGUGUCAAGCUGCCAUUCCUAUAUAAUUUUCCCGGUAUUAUUAUAUAAUACACAUAUACAUGUAUACGUAUAAGCGCAAUGUGUUUCAAUCGUGUCUAAAUAAAAAUUUAUGCUGAAACGUAAAAUUCAUUGCAAUGGUAAUUUUCUACGCUGAAUAAUUUGUGUUCUUAGUUCAGGCAAAUACCGCAUCUUCGUUACCAACUUACCCAAUCAUCAAUUUUAUCAAUUCUUUCAUUAGUCUUAUCAAUUUUACAACAUAUCUAAAAGGCCGUAAUUUUAUUAUACAAUACAGCUAACGCGUUUUUGAUAGUAAAAAUGUCUUUAGCCCCAAUAAUUUAUAACCACGUAUCUUGGUUUUCAGACAUGAAUUUGCAUAUUCACCACUGUAAUCGCUGUAAUAAAAUGAUAAAUUCAUCGUGGAAUACGUAUUGUGCGGGCUCCAAUGUGUACGACGAGUUUCGACUAAUUGUAAGUUACACGAGCACGCAACGCUGUACAUACUUGCGUACAAACAUACGUAUAGUAUUUUUUAUUUUUUCAAUUUUUUUUUUAUCAUGUAUACUCAAGUUGUUACGCGUAACUCACAGGUGUCUGGUGAUGCCUGCGAGGUAUUACAGGUAUAUAACAUACUUACCUAUAUAUAUAGGUACACUUAUACUCGGUCAUUGGCUCUUCCGCAAGGCCUUGUAAAAGGUGAAGGCCACCCGUCGGACAACAGAAAAAUACGUGUACUCGAGAUUGCAGUUUCCUUCAUACUUUACGUGUACGCUUAACACUAAUAUCGUUAUUUGUUAUUGCAUUCUGAAAUUUUUUUUUUUCAUAUCGUGCAUUGUCCAAGUAUACGAAACUCGAUUUCCGGCUCUUCUACGGCGCUGAUCGCGACUGCAUUCACGUAAGGAGAUUCACUACCGAAUAUGUACUAUGCAUUUCAUAAUGUACACUAUGUUUUUUUUCUUAUCCUCGGCAACGGUUAAGCUCAUACGUCUGUUCAAUACAUAAUGCACACGACAAGCACCCGUUAUACCUAUAACGCAAUUUUGACGAUAAUUACGUUCUAAUGAUUGACAGGUAAGUUUCCGUUUCAUCAUUCUCUUUCUUUUCUCUAUGCGAUAAGUAAUUCUUUGUUUAUUGUAUUUGGUUAAUUAUUUCGGCGUAGGUACACACAUCCAUCCUUUUAAUUCAUUUUCAUAUGACUACCGUAUGCGGACAGCGUUUUUUCAUUCUUUACAUAUUUUCUUCUCAUGCUAUCCAUUAAAUUGGUGUAUAAAC